AUGAUUUUCGGCAAAGCUGGCUUGGUGUAUUUGGCCUCGCAGUUGGCUCUCGUGGCCGCUGACGUUUCUCCUUCGCUUCCUAAGGACGGGGCUCUGUUCUCUGCCAGCGGCGGGUCCGCCUCGGUUGACAUUUCCUGGAUUGAUGAUGGGUCGUCGGACUUUGCUCCCAAGGAUAUCAAAUCCCAAUCGAUUUUACUUUGUACUGGUCCUAACCUGCAAAUCGACUGUUACAAGUCGCCGUUGACUGUCUCGACUGACUUGACCGACAGUGACGGUAACGGGAAGUACACCGCCUCUAUUCCUGCCACCAAAGGGCCCAACGGUAACUACUACUUCCAAAUCUACACUUUAUUCAAAGAUGGCAGUAACACAAUCCACUACACCCGAAGAUUCAAACUUUCAGGGAUGUCGGGUGCUCCUGAUCCUUCGUUUGCUGCCGAUGCUUAUUCCGCCUCCGGGGCACCUCCCCAAGCACAAUUAUCGGGUAAGACUCAAGGUAAGACGUCUGCCAUCGACUCUGCAUCAUUUACCGUACCUUACGCCGAGCAGAGUGGUGAAACGAAAUACGCCCCCAUGCAAUUGCAACCCGGAUCAACCGUCACUGCCACCACUUGGACGCGGAAGUAUGAGCUGCUGGCCGUUACAUACUUCACUACUAAGGGCCCCAAGCCGGUUGUCAUGACUACUCUUACUCCCGGGUGGUCGUACACUCCCGAGUCGGCCACCAACUGGGCUCUGGUGGCUCCAUUCCCCACUGCUUACUACCCGGCCCUGGAAAGAGCCGCCAAAGCAACCUUGGCUCCCACUAAUAAAAAGAGAUGGUUGUGA